UAAAAGCUCUCAGCCACAGCCAGGGUCAGAGGAAUCUCAAGAAGUCACCAUAGGAUAGAGAGAUCAGAGGAAGUUUCACGAAAGAGAGCUGAGAAUUUUGUCUUGAAGGAUGGAGAGGGUUUAGAAGAGUCAGGGGACAGGCGCAGGCAAGGUAUUCCAGAUGAGGUGUGGGAGAAGGUAGAGAGGGAUAGGAAGUAUACUAUAUGGAAAGAGGAGAUGGAGAAAGGUAAGGAAGAGUGUUUUCAGAAAGCAGACAAUCCAGAUUUCCAGAUGGAAACUCCUAAUUAUUAAAUGCUGAGCACUCUUUCAAAUAUGAAACAUGAGGCUGGCCAAACCAAACAGGUGUAUGGCACGUGUGGACAGCUAGAUGGCAUCCUCGCCUAUAUAUAUAGAAAAUCAGGCUGACGCAAGGCCAUUUGCUACUGAAAACUUCCCUGUCUGAGGCCAGGGCAGUCUGCCCAGGGACUCAGAUCCUGAAACCCUGACCUCCCUCCCUGCUUUCUUCCUACUGGCCUGUCUCCAACUCUUCAUCUUGCUUAUUCCCUCAAGGGAGCUCAGGCAGCCCCUCUUCCUGGAAGUCUUCCCUGGUCUAUCUCCAUGCUCCUGAGAUCCCCGCCACCCCUGCCCUUCGCAUACAGCAAGCAUCACCGGACACUUACACAUGGAUGGCUCUGCCCUGUUACUUUGAACCUCCACGUGUGUUAACAGCUAACUUCUUGGUAAACGACUGAGUCAAGAGUCGGGCACAGAGACGUCGAGAGAGGGUUUUAAGUAAGCCUAGGCACUUAUCCAGGGCCAGGGCCGAACUGAAAUCACCAAGGACAAGGGAGCCUUCGGCGAGAGAAGAGAAUGGAUUCAUCCUCCGAGAGGCACACAUGGCAUUCAGAGAUGUGGCUGUGGAUUUCACCCAGGAGGAGUGGCUGCUGCUGAGCCCUGCUCAGAGGUCCCUGUACAGGGAGGUGAUGCUGGAGAACUACAGCAACCUGGUCUCACUGGGAAUUCCAUUUUCUAAACCAAAACUCAUCACCCAGCUGGAGCAAGGGAAGGAAACCUGGAGAGAGGAGACACAAGGCCCACCAGCCACCUGUCCAGCAGAAGCAAAGCCAGAACUCCACCUCUGUCCCUUCUGCCCUCCGGAUUUCUCCAGUCAGAAAGUCCACAUGCAGCGCGUGCUGUGUAAUCAUCCCCCCUGGAUCUUCACAUGCUCAUGUCCAGAAGAUCACGUCCAGCCAGGGGAUCCGUGCCCGGGGGACCAGAAGGAGCAGCCACAAGCCUCUGGUCAAAGUUCCUGGAGUGAUAGAGCAGAAGGUCAAGAGAGAGAAAGUACCAAACCUUUGUUUGGAAAGACGAAGAAAAGGACUUUAGGAGCAUUGUCCAGGCCACCCCAAAGGCAGCCAGUCAGCUCUAGGAACGGCGUCAGAGGCGUGGAGAUAGAGGCCAGCCCAGCUCAGACGGGGAGCCCCGAGGAAACAGACACAUUGUUGAAGAGGAUAGAAGUCUUAGGGUUUGGAACAGUCAAUUGUGGAGAGUGUGGACUCGGCUUCAGCAAGAUGACAAACCUGCUCAGUCACCAGAGGAUACACUCGGGGGAGAAGCCUUAUGUGUGCGGGGUGUGUGAGAAGGGUUUUAGUCUCAAGAAGAGCCUUGCCAGACACCAGAAGGCCCACUCGGGGGAGAAGCCUAUUGUGUGCAGGGAAUGUGGACGAGGAUUUAACCGGAAGUCAACACUCAUCAUACACGAGAGGACACACUCAGGCGAAAAGCCUUAUAUGUGCAGUGAGUGUGGGCGAGGCUUUAGUCAGAAGUCAAACCUCAUCAUACACCAGAGGACACACUCGGGGGAGAAGCCCUAUGUGUGCCGGGAGUGUGGGAAAGGCUUCAGCCAGAAGUCAGCUGUCGUUAGACACCAGCGGACACACUUAGAGGAGAAGACCAUCGUGUGCAGCGAUUGUGGACUAGGCUUCAGUGAUAGGUCGAACCUCAUCUCACACCAGAGAACGCACUCGGGAGAGAAACCUUAUGCCUGCAAGGAGUGUGGGCGAUGCUUUAGGCAGAGGACCACGCUUGUCAACCACCAGAGGACACACUCAAAGGAGAAGCCUUAUGUGUGUGGAGUGUGUGGGCACAGCUUUAGCCAGAAUUCAACCCUCAUCUCACACAGGCGGACACACACUGGGGAGAAGCCUUAUGUGUGUGGGGUGUGUGGGCGAGGCUUUAGUCUGAAGUCACACCUCAACAGACACCAGAACAUACACUCAGGGGAUAAGCCCAUUGUGUGCAAGGACUGUGGGCGAGGCUUCAGCCAGCAAUCAAAUCUCAUCAGACACCAGAGGACACACUCAGGGGAAAAGCCUAUGGUGUGUGAGGAGUGCGGGCGAGGCUUCAGCCAGAAGUCAAACCUCAUUGCACACCAGAGGACACACUCAGGGGAAAAGCCGUAUGUGUGCAGGGAGUGUGGGCGAGGCUUCAGCCACCAGGCGGGUCUCAUCAGGCACAAGAGGAAACACUCGAGGGAGAAGCCUUACACAUGCAGGCAGUGUGGGCUAGGCUUUAGCAAUAAGUCGGCCCUAAUCACACACAAAUGGGCACACUCAGAAGAGAAGCUGUGUGUGUGCAGAGAGUGCGGCCAAGGCUUUAUCCAAAAGUCACACCUCGUCCUACAUCAGAUGACACACCAGGGGGAGAAGCUUUACGUGUGCAAGACGUGUGGGCAAGGCUUCAGCCAGAAGUCUCACCUCAGUAGACACAGGAGGAUGAAAUCUGUCCACCAGAGACCACCACCCCACCCGGCCUCUGAGGCCUGUUCCGGACAAUCGUCUGACCCCUUACACUCUCUUUGAAAGUGAAGAUGGCGGUGAGGACUAAAUAAUCACAAUUUUUACACUUUCAUGAAAUGGAGUAGAAAAAUGCAUUCCGUAAGUGAUCAAAGGACAUUUGACCUAGUUUACUUUCUUCACACUAAGUCUUCAUGUUUUGUGGCCUUUUGUUCCAAUAAACUUCGCUUCUUUACAAAUCUGUAA